AGCCGUCUGGUACCAUUUCCCAGGUUUGAGGGAAGAAAUCAAGAGGUGGCACCAUGGGUGUCACGACAUCCAGGCCUUCGUGCACCUGCUGCAGCUGUUUCUCUGACUGUGGUGCCAGGCGUUUACUCAGGCUGCUGUACUCCUUCCAAUGGAAUAUUCAGUCUGUGGAAAGAGACCGAACACACCUUGAAGGCGAACCAAACACUAAAGUUGUGAAGGGCAUCGUGACCAGUUGCGGGAAUGAUUACGGUUGGAUUGAAGACUGUGUCUUCUUCAGUACUGAUGUUGUAAUUGGUGCCAUGCCCCUGCAAGCUGGAGACAAAGUCCUUGCAUAUGUGGAGGAAGACCCAGUCUUGCAUGAAUUGAAAGCCAAAGAAGUUUGUAUUUGUUCAGACGACAAUGUGCCUAAGGGAGCUGACUCCAAGAUCCAAAAUCUAUCGGCUUGUGUUUCCCAUGUGAAGAACGAUAUCAUCUACAUUGCUGAUGAAUACCACUUCCAUCUAGACAGCAUUACUAAAGCCAUCUUAGGUUUUACGCCUUACGAAGGGGACUGGUUAGAUAUCGAGUACUCUGUGGAGCAAGGAUCUUCAAAAAUCACAGUACACUCAGUGAAGGCCACAAAACGGAGGCGACUGGAAGAGGUGUGUGUGACCAGUAUCCACAGGAGAAAAGGAAUGUUGAACCACACCAUCUUCUUCACCUUCGACUCCCUGCACCUUCCUUUGGGAUACACCCCUCUCGUAGGCCACCUGGUCAACGUGGUGAUGGUUCAGAGCAUCCGGUCCAAUUACAACUGGAGAGCAAUCUCCAUGACACCAGUUGAACAAGGCCCUCGCAGAGACUCUGGAAAUGGAGGGCCCCGGCCAAACGCCUCGUGCCGCCUGCGCACCACAGUCUCGAGGCACUGUGUGUGUGGCCCGCCAUGUCUCUGCGUGGCAGGGAGUACAGCAUGGAAGGCAUGGAUGGCCCUCUCCACCGCCGCGGCUGAGAGCGAUGCUCACCUCGAGAUCCGCACCUGCAGGCGUGACGUUGAGCACUUCAUGGAGGCCACCAUGUAG